AUGUUUAAUUUUCAAACAUUAGUAUAUUGCCCAUUUAUUAUUUUUUUAAUAACUAUUGGAAAUUUUAUUUAUGGAUUAAACAGUGUGUCUUUACAUAAACGAGAUCAAUUUUUUAUAACAGAAUCACCAAACACGAAUAUUGAAGAGAGUCGUCAAAAGUACACUUCUGACAAUAAAGAAAAUGAAGACUUUGAUUAUAGUGAUGACUAUAAGGAUAUAUUAUUUGUAAAUUCUCAAAAUAUAACGCAUAAUAUUUUUAAUCUUUCUGAGAAGAUCAAUGACAUAGACACUUCUGAUUUUGAAACUUAUGAAGACCCAGAUUUAUCAGAAAUACGUUCUCGACCUGAAGUACUGCGAAAAGCAAAUGCUACCAUUAACGUAAAAACAGAAAGCACCACUGAUAAUGUGAAAGUAUUUAAUAAUUCGACUCCUUCUUCUCGCGACAUUUAUUAUGAUGAAAAAGAUACUGAUUAUUAUCUCAGAAAUUACCCCAGGAAAGAUUAUAUAGCAACAGUUACAGUCCCAACGGUAAUAGGAAUUUCAGCCAUCUUGGCAAUUUUAUAUGUAUUACUACACUUGCCGAAAUGCUGUUUUGGAUUGUUUUAUGAACCUUCUUAUCAAACUUACUUUCAAAAAAAUGAAGCUUUAGCUGCGAAAGAAGAGUUACAACAAGAGUUUUUGGAAGAAGAAUAA